ACCCCUCGGACAGACCAGCCUUCAAACUAGGGUUUACUCCUCCCGCUCCGAGAAAGCAAACAAGCGUCAGCUCCGCCGGCGGCCUCGCGCUCUCUCCCCCGCCGCACCUUCUCUACGCCAGGACUGCCAAGAUGAAGCUCGUCAGAUUCCUUAUGAAGCUAAACAAUGAGACGGUCACCAUCGAGCUCAAGAACGGCACGGUUGUCCACGGCACCAUCACCGGUGUUGACAUAAGCAUGAACACUCAUCUGAAGACAGUGAAGCUUACACUGAAAGGGAAGAACCCUGUAACGCUGGACCACCUCAGCGUGCGAGGAAACAACAUCCGCUAUUACAUUCUUCCUGACAGCUUAAACUUGGAGACUUUGCUGGUAGAGGAAACCCCUAGGGUUAAGCCUAAGAAGCCGACUACAGGAAAGCCUUUGGGGCGUGGGCGCGGCCGUGGUCGUGGACGUGGUCGGGGACGGGGGCCGCCACGCUGACAGGUUUCCCCUGCUGUGGGCUCUCUUGCCUGACAAGUUCCCUGUACGAUGUAACCUCUUUCCCCCGCACGCUGUGUGAAAGAACCGUUGCAUUGUUACCCUUCUGAUGAACGUGGACUGAAAUAUCUCAAUCUCAAGUGGUUCUUGUGAAAUCAACCAUGUCUAUUUGGUCUACCAUUCGUGUGUGUCUUAGGGUUUACACUGUAGUUAACUCGUGAUGUCUUUCCCCUGGCAUACAUAAAUGGUGCCGCAGAACUUCGGAUGUUCUAGGUUGUAUGCUUGUUUCACAUGGGGAUUGUUGAUCUGGAGAUAUGCCUUGC